AUGCGCACCUGCUCAGAAGACCGUCACCUGUGCGGGGCCUCCUGGCUCCUGCGAUUCACCAGCCUCCUCCUCAGUGUCUGCAGCGCAGUGACCCAGAGUCCUGGAGCCCGUGGGUCUGCCGUGCACCAUUCUGAAGUCCCUCUUACUCUGAAGGGGACUCAAGGAACUCCUGUGUUGUUUCAAGUGAUCAGAAAUCCAGAAUUACCUCCAGAAUUUGAGUUGGAGAAGAUGUCUUGGGGCGUCGUAUCCAGAUCAAAUUACAUAGUCAUGCUAUAUGUGUUUCCUGGGAGAGAUGUUCCAGAAUGGGUCAACUUCCAGGAGAAGUUCGAGAAGAGAGUCUAUGUGCUUAACAUAAUGACCCUAAGGAUUGUCAACCUGACCCUUGAGGACAGUGGGCUGUACCGGGCUCGAGAGUCCUAUACAAGAGGAAGACAGUAUGACCAGGAUUUCUACCUGACGGUCUACGAGCCUGUGCCCCUUCCCCAGAUUUGGACCAUGGAUCUGGCCCUCACACGAGGCUGGUGCAACGUCACUGUGGAGUGUAACACCACAGGAACCAGGGAGGGCCUGACCGUGUCCUGGGAGAGCGAGGGUCUCCCCAGGGAGCUGGAGCAGAGACCGGCCCCAGGAUCAGCCCCCAACCCCUGGACACUGGCUGUGAACCUGCCCCUGAGCCGGCCCAGCCCCAGCCUCACCUGUGUGGUCAGCAACCAGGCGGACCAGAGAACUGCCACCCUGGACCUUGGGGACGUCUGUGGCCACAAAACAGACCCACAAGGACAGACCAGUGCUGCCCACUUGCCCGGUAUCCUGGUGUCUGCUGUGGUCCCGCUGCUGAUCCUCGGAGCUGGACUCUACCUUUGGAAGACAUGUGUGAAAAAGAACUUGGAGCCUGGGAGAGGCAGGGACAGGAUUGCAGGAAGAACAUGGGAACAUGAUCGUUGCAUCCACUCUGCAGAGCUGAGCCAGCAGGAGUCUGGAGACCACAGGGACAAGGGUAUGUCUGCAUUCCACAUCUGGAAGAGGAGAAUCUCGCUACUGUCUACAAUGAGGUCCACAGGCCAGGCCAGGACAAGACGUGACUUAACUAGAAGAAGCAGGAGAAUCCCGCCCUGGCGACACCUGUCUCGUGAGCAUGACGCCCGCAGCUCUGGUCCUGCCUUUUCCACCUCUGAUGGCUCUGAGCAGGGACUGGAUGGGUCCAGCACUUAUUUCUGUGUUAAAUCUUUGUGCACAAGCUCCCCAUGAGACACACACAGUGGUAGAUCAGGGAAGCUGAGUAAUAAAUUGGUCCAAACCUGUUUAGGACCACUCAGCCUCUGCUACAUGCAACCCUAGACAGCCCCCCUGUCCCCCUCAUCGGUACGACAUCAAACUGCCUUGCAGACCCUCAGCCUCUGGGGCAAGCAAGCCAUGGUGAAUUCACAGCAUCUGUCCUGGGGCCCAUCUUGAGCAUCCCUAGCUAUCAGCUCUGUGCUGAGACCUAUUUAUAGACAAUGAGAAUUUGUAAUUGACCUUGAUGCUGAGGGAUGGCUCUGUGACACGUGCAUGUUUUGUUUGUGGGGAACUGGGAAUAGUUCACCUGAGCCCUAGAAAAAUACUGUCCCUUACUCUUGGUAUGGGACACACUUUCUCUCCUUCCAUGCUCUACCAUCAUUCCCCCAGGUGACAAAGAAACCUGCUGUU